AUGAAAAGAAAAAAUCAAAAUUUAUUAUCAGGUUCUGAUGGUUUUAAUAAACGUAAUUCUUUUGAUGAUAUUAAAUGUACGGAUAAAACACAAAAGAAAGUUCAUUGCAUUGCUGAAAUGCGAAGUUUAAAAUAUCAAAAAUCACUCAAAGUACAGGAAAAAAAUGGAGACGAAGCUGCUUAUUCAAAUCUUAAAGCUGAAAUCCGAAGAUUAACAUUCAAUCCAAAAGUACCUAAAGAUGAUUUGAGAAAAUUUUUAAAAGAAUGGAAAUGCGAAGAAGAGGAUAAACUUCAUAAUGCGGUACAUCGACUUUGCAGUAUUGAAGAGUAA